UUGUUGUGAAAUGUUUUCGGUUGGAUGCGAACGUGUUAUUUAAAAGUAAAAAUUAUCAAAAAAAAAAAACUUUUUCUUGGUGAAUUAUUCGAUAUUGUGUAUUUUGUGUUAAUUUGACUAUCUUGGAUAUAAAAUAGAGGCUAAAAAUGACGAGACUCAGCAUAAUAGCAAUAGUGCUAUGCCAGAUAUUGUGCUUGCAAAUCCAGGGCGGGCACACCGAAGAUGAUAACCCUCUGCUGGAUAUCGCGUCGUCAUUGCUCCAAAACAUGGGCAAUGGCGACAACAAUGGCAACGGAAUGGCGGCCAUUGGAAGUAUUAUCGGAAACCUCAUGCAGGGUGACAACGUUAAGAACUUGGCAUCUUUAUUUAACAAUGAAAAAGAGGAAAAAGAAAAAGAUAGCGGCAACAUCGGAGAUAUUCUUUCAGGCUUAGGCAGUUUGAUGGGCGGACAAGACGGAAAAAUCGAUCCAGCCAUGAUCGGAGGAAUGAUCUCGAUGUUCGCCUCCAUGGGUAGCACGCCUAAACGCGAGAAAAGGGAACAGAAAAAGGAAAUAACCUUCGACAAUUUAAUGAACUUAGCAUCGAGCUUCACGCAAAACAAAGAAGGCGGUAGCUACAUGCCGCUAAUCAUGAGUGCUUUGAAAGGGUUCACGAAAAUGGAAGCCGAUAAGAAAGCCGACGAACACAAGGACCACGCAUCCUUCCUGCCGCCGUACCUAGAAAAAGCGCAUCUAUACUGGGACAUAUUCAUAAACUCCGAAGUCGGCAAACUGGUUUGGGAGAAAACCGGCAUGAAGAAAAUGUUCAAAGCCUUCACCGGCCCCGACGGGAAGAUCAGCUUCGAAACUAUGUUCAAGAACUUCGAGAAUACGUCGUUCAGAAGACAUUGGAUUAAGGCCUCCGCCAAAUAUUUGACCGACAUGGCUGUUCAUGUGACGAAGCCUGAAGUAUAUAGGAGGUACAUAUCGAUGGCGGAAUACGUUAUCAACUCGUUCAUGGAGUCCCAAGGAUUCCCUAACAGCAUACAAUUCAACGCCAAAGCUCCGGCUAAAUCGCUAACGGCCAUCAUCAAUUACCUUCUGAAGACUUACAUGGACUUCGAUGCUGACGUUACCGAGUACGUCGUCCCUGCGGUCGAAUACGCCAAGCAAACGUUGAAGCUAGCGGAGAAGGCCGCCCAGUCUGUGGCCACCCGUGAAGACUACGCCGCCGUCAGCGACCGCCUCACGGACGCGCUCAACCUCGAGGUCAUCGAGCCGGUGCUGCGGGUGUACCGCGCCUACCGGCACUCCGCCGCCGCGCCGCACUGCCAGGAGCACCUCAUGUGUCUCGUCAACCGGCCGGAGGGCGACAGGAAAGGAGCCCCGGGUCUCAAAGCCGGACUGACGAAGCUCAGCAGCUUAGUGGCCUCCGCGGCCCUCAGCUUCCACGACGGAAAAGGAUUCUGGGACCUCUACAACGCGAUCCAGAGCGACGUCAAUUGCGAGGCCGCCUACCCCGCCGACUGCUCCGCCUUCCACGAGCACGAACUCAGAGUCACCACGGAGCCCUACCACACUGAACUAUAACACUCAAAUAAAAUUAUUAAACAAA